UUACAUCUUAUUUUUUGAUCUGCCGAAAACCGAUAUAUAAAAAACCACGAUGAACCCUUCAGAUGAUGAUGGCGGCUGGUUUCAUUCAUUUUCAUCAAAAUUAUCCGGAAAAUUAUCUGCAUUUGGUCAUCGUUGUAAAAAACUAAGAAAAAAACAGAAAAUUUUGAAAAAAUCAUCAAAGCAAAUAAUCGAAAUGAAACAAAUCCUACCAACAGAUCCAUUAAUGAUGAAAUGUGAUUAUAAAAUUUUAUUAAUCGGUUCAAAAGGUUCGGGUAAAACAAGUUUAGUUAAUCGUUUUCUUGGCCGGCCAUUUAAUCCACGUGAAAAACCAACAAUUGGUUUCAAUUUGAUGACAUUAGAUUUAAAUUAUGAACAUGACCAUUUGAUAAAUGUUGAAUUAUGGGAUACAGCCGGCGAUAACGUCAAUGGUAAUGGUAAUGAUAAUUGUCAUAUACUAUCGAAUGAACAUUUUUAUUAUCGGAAUGUUAAUCUAAUGAUUGCCAUAUUUGAUCUUACCGAUUCAAAACGAUCAUUUGAUUAUUGUUUAAAAUGGAUUGAUAAUUUUCGAAAACAACAUAAUCAUCGAUCAUCAUCAACGAUCACCAAAAAUGAUGAUUUGGAUCAAAACGAUGUACAAAUAAUAAUCGUUGGUAAUAAAUUAGAUUUAAUGAAUAAUUCGAAUCGAACGAAUUAUUUUGAUUUGGAACAAAUAGAAAAAUAUUCCAAAACAAUCGAUUGUAAUGAUAAUCGAUUGUAUCGAACAUCAGCCAAAACAAUGGAAGGAAAUGAGCAAGAAUUAUUUGAAGAAAUUUCCCGAAAAAUUAUCAAUCAAUUUGGACGACAACAACAAAUGGAACAAUUGAAAAAUUUAUCAAAUUUACAUCAAGAUUCAACAAUGAUCUAUGAACAAUCUCAACAGCAAACAUGGUUACUUGUAUCAGUAGAUUUAUCCGUUUCAACAGCCAAAUUAUAUGAUGAUGCGGAUUUUGAUCCAUUCAAUGGCCAGUUGAUGAAGAAAACUGAUCAAAAUGGUAAUGAUCCGAAAUCUAUAAAUUCAAAACGAAAAAUGAAAGAGACAGCAAAGACAACAACAAAAUCAAUAACAUUUGCAUUAUUUUUACGAAAAUUAUUCUGUCUGAUUUGAUACCCGAAAGAAAAGAUUCUCUGUAAUUUCAAUCUGUAUUUUUUGUAUUUCAUCUAAAAAUUAUCAAUUAUCGACCAUUCGAAUUAAUUAAUUAUAAUCAUC